GAUGAGCUGGAAUGGAAGUCAAUGAGGAGCAGAGCUGGCUCUUGUGAGCCUCUCCAUUCCGGCAGUCCUCUACUGUGGACGUGACUUAUUGUCGAAUCACACUGGAGCCAACGUACUCAGGUUUAACCAAGACAAGCUCCUCCAGCAUUGAGUUGAUGGUCUCUGGUUUACAAACCCAUCUCGCUGACUCGGCACUUGAGGCCUAACUGGAAAAUACUAACCAAGUCGGAACCGAAGGUGGUCCAACUCCACAAAGGUGCUGCACCCACUGCUCUGAGCCCAAAGUCUUAUCGCUGAGAGGGAUGAGUCCUUGGAACAAACAGGGAACAGCUAGGGUGGAGUCUAGGGGUGUAACUGAAUCGUGGGGCUCUCCUACUGGACUGGAAGCUGUGAAGAUGUGACCAGUCUUACAACAAACAGCCAAAGGAAUCAUGAAUGACUCAGUGUCUUCCUGCAGGCAGGAGUGACUUCCUGUCGGUGGCCCAUGUGAGCUGUGGUAAUCUUGAGGUGCUGUCGCCCCUGGAGGUGACACAGACCCAUGUGAGGGUGUCCAUCGCCGGCCUGUCCCUGUGGGGCCUUGUGAAGAGCCUGUGGGACUCCAGCAUCCUGGGACAGGUGCUGCUGUUCCUGCAGCCAGGGGAUGGCAUGGACCUGCUACCCAAGUUGAACGUGUUUGUGCUCCCUGGGAACGUACUUCUCAGCCAGGUCACCGAGCAGCAGGACUGCAGCAGCACCCUCAUUCAGACGAGCUCAACCUGUAAACUGACACCGAAAGCGACGUACAGAGUGUCCAGCAGCAGCAAGAAGACUAAGAUAAUCCAGCCUGAGUCCGAGUUCCGUGCUGUUCGGACCAGGACCCCAAAGACUUCUGCCCCUCAGAGAAUCGCGCUCAUCAGCAGAGAGGAGUGGGCAGGAGCCUUGAAUGAAGUGAUCGAGGAGCUGGAUGCAGACGAGUACAAGAAGCUGAAGAACAUUCUGAACCAGAAGGGGAUGCCCCGGGGUGUACUGGGAGACAUCGAGAAGCAGGACCUGGCCCACAGGAUCGUCUCCCACUUCGGAACGGAGGCGUCUGUUCACGUCGUUCAGGAAGCCAUGGCCAGAAUUCCUCGGAACGACGCAGCGAUACAGGAAUUACUGAAGCCCUUUGUGGAGCAGCUGAGAUAG